AGGACACGUGGGUGGGGGAAGCUGAGCGCUGAGACCAAGGGCUAAAGCUGAGAGGUGAGACUGUCACCUUGAGCCGGGCGAGCGCUGUGGGCCAAGCAGGGGUUGCAGGGCAGUAGGAGUGCAGACUGAAAAAAUGCAGACCGCCAGGGCAUUACUCAUUUCUCCAGCUCUGAUCCGCUGUUGUACCAGGGGUCUAAUCAGGUCUGUGUCUGCCUCCUUCUUGAAUAGCCCAGUGAAUUCAUCUAAACAGCCUUCCUACAGCAACUUCCCACUCCAGGUGGCCAGACGGGAUUUCCAGACCAGUGCUGUCUCCCGGGACAUUGACACAGCAGCCAAGUUUAUUGGUGCUGGGGCAGCCACAGUUGGUGUGGCUGGUUCAGGGGCUGGCAUUGGAACGGUGUUUGGCAGCUUGAUCAUUGGCUAUGCCAGGAACCCGUCUCUCAAGCAGCAGCUCUUCUCCUAUGCCAUUCUCGGCUUUGCCCUGUCUGAGGCCAUGGGGCUCUUCUGUUUGAUGGUCGCCUUCCUCAUCCUCUUCGCCAUGUGAGGCACUAUGGGGGGUCACCUGCCUGUUGCUGCUGCAACUCCACACCAUUCUUGGUGCUGGGAUGUGCUAAGAUUUACCAUUAAAUACAACGUUUCUCUAAA